AUGACAGCUGCUCAAUUGGGUUGUCAAUAUUGCACAGCAUCACUUCUUGGGAAGAAGUAUGUAUUAAAGGAUGACCAUCUAUACUGUGUUUCAUGUCAUGAUCGUAUCUUUUCUAACUACUGUGAGGAGUGCAAAGAACCUAUUGAAUCAGGUUCUAAGGAUCUUUGCUACAAAGGCCGGCACUGGCAUGGAGGAUGCUUCAAGUGUGCCAAAUGCAAUCACUCUUUGGUGGAAAAGCCUUUUGCUGCCAAGGAUGAGCGUCUGCUGUGCACAGAGUGCUAUUCUAACGAGUGCUCCUCCAAGUGCUUCCACUGCAAGAAGACCAUCAUGCCCGGUUCUCGCAAAAUGGAAUUUAAGGGAAACUACUGGCAUGAAACCUGCUUUGUGUGUGAGCAUUGCCGACAACCAAUAGGAAUGAAGCCUUUAAUUUCCAAAGAAAGUGGCAAUUACUGUGUGCCAUGUUUUGAGAAGGAAUUUGCUCACUAUUGCAACUUUUGUAAGAAGGCGAUAACUUCAGGUGGAAUAACAUUUCAUGACCAGCCGUGGCAUAAAGAGUGCUUUCUCUGUAGUGGCUGUAGGAAAGAGCUCUGUGAAGAAGAGUUUAUGUCCAGAGAUGAUUAUCCAUUCUGUUUGGACUGCUACGACCAUCUUUAUGCCGAAAAGUGUGCAGCUUGCAGUAAACCCAUUACUGGUCUCAGAGGUGCCAAGUUUAUCUGCUUUCAAGAUCGCCAGUGGCACAGUGAUUGCUUUAACUGUGGGAGGUGCUCCAUAUCCUUGGUGGGUGAAGGCUUCCUGACCCAAAAUAAGGACAUCUUCUGUCGCAAAUGUGGCUCUGGAGUGGACACUGACAUUUAGUUGGAGACCAA